AUGGAAUUUCAGGAAGCAAUCACCGGUCUAAUGACCACAUGCACCGGGUUGGUUCCAAUCCUCGUGCUCGAGGUCCCAUCGAACCUCUUCGCCCUCGUCGAGGAUAUCCCGAGAGUGCUCAGGGAGCUCGAGAGGCCACUGAGGGAUCUCCAAGAAAUACCUCGGGAGAGAAGGGAGAUGGUGGAGGCCCAUCACUUGCUUGUCGUGCUGACAUACGGCAUGUUCGAGCUUUCUCGGCUUGAUACCGCACUCCAUGCUCUUGGGUACUUUGGCGAUCGAGAGCCAGGUACAGAAGAGGAAAAAGACGAAAACAUGAGCGUACUCUGGAGUGUCAAAAUGACUUUGGCGGAGUUUACCGAAUAUGUCGGGUAUUUCAGAGCCAUUCUGGGCAGCGAGUCCCGAGCCGAGCGUGUUUGGAGCAAGAACAAGCUUGAGAGAGAGCUCCAGGCUGUCCUUCGACGCCCCAACCAAGUGUCGAGUCGUCUAAGGACCAUCGACCUUUGGAUGGAGGACGGGCGACGGUACGGCAACGGCGGUUGGAAUAGGGGGGUUUACUGA